UUUUUUUUUGGAGUUUCAUAACAAUGACUAAACCUAUCAAUGACUUUGAUUUAAAUGUAUUAGACGAAGCUAUGCUUCAACCUGAAAAAUCAGAAUAUGUAGACCAUUUUGGCUUUACUAUUCAAGUCAAGACAGAGAACGAUACUGAUUCCAGUGAAGAUGAAUCAGAACAUGAAACAGAGUUUGAAGACGCGCAAUCACUACCUUCUUCAACCAAAGAAGAAGAAGAAGAACAAGAAGAAAACAAAAGGCAGCCACAAACUAUGGAUGACUGGCAAAUGGUUUCUAGUACAGAGAAAUCUGGUGUAUCUUCUUCUGUAUCUUCUCCUAUACCACAUACAACAAGCUAUUAUGAUCUCUUGCUAUCUAAAUUCACUAGAACAGCUUCUUCUAACCCUUCAAAACAAGUACAGCUAAAGCAAGAAACAAGUAAUAAUCUAGAAAGACUUAAAGAACAAUCAAAUAAUAAUGAGACAGAUUGGGAGUUCUGGGCUUCUGUUAUCUCUGAUUUUGAACGUAUUAACCGUGCAGAGCAUGCUAAACUACAAGAACAAUUGAGUGUUGGUAUUCCGAGUUCUUUACGAGGCAUGUUAUGGCGUAUCUUUUCGAAUUCUGAAGCCAAUAGUGAUUUGAUUGAAAAUGAAUACCGUGUCUUGCUAGAAAAGACAAGUUCACAUGAAAAACUGAUUCGAAGGGAUCUAUCGAGGACAUUUCCAACCCUGCCUUAUUUUAAAGAAAAAGACGGAGAAGGACAAGAAAUGCUGUUUAAUGUGAUUAAGGCAUACAGCUUAUUUGAUAGUCAAGUAGGAUACUGUCAAGGCUUACAUUUUGUUGUUGGAUGCCUCUUAUUACAUAUGCCAGAUGAAGCAGCAUUUUGUGUACUGAUCAAACUCAUGAGCCAGUAUCAUCUUCGAGGACAUUUUACACCUCAGAUGGAAACACUUCAUGAACGCAUGUUUCAAUUCAACCAGCUUUUAUCUAUUCAUUUACCACAAGUACAUCGCCAUUUAGAUGCACAAGGUGUCUUGCCGACCAUGUAUGCUUCUCAGUGGUUCAUGACUCUUUUUGCCUACCGAUGUCCCUUAGAAUUAGUAUUUCGAGUAUUUGAUCUUGUGUUUGUAGAAGGGUCAGAUAUCAUGUUAAACUUUGCGCUGGCAUUGAUGAAGAAGAAUCAAUCUACAAUCCUCAGUUUAGAAUUCGAAUCUUUAUUGGAUUUCUUCUCAGGACAGAUAUUUGAGGUCUACAAAGAUAUGGUAUAUGAAUUCGUUCAAGAUGCCUAUAGCUUUGAUAUCUCUUCAAAGCAACUAGCCAAGUUCUCCAAACAAUACCAACAAGAAGCAGCUAAAGAAGCAAAACUUCGAUCUAUACAGGACGCCAUCAAGAAAGAAAACCUCGUUUUACAUGGCCAAGUUAAAAAGCUCCGGCAUGCUUAUAAGACACUUGAAUUUGAGCACCAGGACGUAUCUCAGCAAGUGAUUGAAUCCAAAGUAGCCAUGGCGAGCCUUGAUAUAGAGAACCAGCAAUUAAAGCAUGAACUAGCCAUCAUGAAAGCAGAAAUGGUCAAGAUGACAUCCGUCAUGAAUGAGGAACGUCAAGCGCAGUUUGAUGCUCUUGCUCAGAAAAAUGCAGAGCUUGUGGAUGCUAAUGCAGCAUUAGAAGAUCGAUUACAAGAAAUAGAAUCUAUCCUGAUUGAAAUGAAAUUGAAAUAUGCAGAAAGCGAAAACGAUUAUGAACUAAUGAAACAAAAACUUCAUGAAGCACAAAAGUUGAGCAUGCUCCACGACUAAUAGACCUAUUUAUUACGCAUUUCUCUUUUUUAAAAGAAAGCUUAUUUUGCUAGAAAGAUAUCCUUCUUUUUGACAAAUCUCUCCUAUUUUUGGAAGAAUAAAUAGUUUUUUUUAUGCAAAA